CUGAAAGCGGCUCGGGAUUCAGAGGGGAGUGAAGACGGGAGAGAUAACGGAGCAAAGCGACGGUUUUACGGUGUAAACGGCGCGGUUGACGGGGAUAGAAACAGAAAACAUGUCCGCCUGUCGUCUCCUCUGCCUGCUGGCUCUCUCUUUCCUCCAGAGCUCCGUGUGGGCCGGCCCUCUCUCUCCAGAGAACCUGAUGGUGAUCACGGCGGCCACCGAGGAAACAGACGGCUUCAACAGAUUCAUGAGGACGGCUCGAGAGUUCAACUACACCGUGAAGGUGCUGGGUCUGGGGGAGGAGUGGGAAGGGGGGGACGUGGCCCGCACCGUGGGGGGUGGGCAGAAGGUCCGCUGGCUGAAGAGAGAACUCCUGAAACUCUCAGAGAGAAAAGAGCUCAUCGUCAUGUUCGUGGACAGCUAUGAUGUGAUCUUCUCAGCGGGUCCGGAGGAGUUGCUCUCUAAGUUUUCACGCCUCUCUCACCGCGUGGUGUUUUCUGCGGAGGGUUUCUGUUGGCCGGACCAGAGACUCGCCAACAAAUACCCUGAGGUGCAUUCUGGGAAACGCUACCUGAACUCCGGAGGGUUCAUGGGCUUUGCCUCUGACCUCAGCCUGAUGGUGCAGCAGUGGAAAUACAAAGACAACGACGACGACCAACUCUUCUACACCAAGAUCUACCUGGACAGAGUCCAGAGGACAAAGUUCAACAUGACUCUGGACCAUCGAUCCAGAAUCUUCCAGAACCUGAACGGAGCUGUUGACGAGGUCGUCCUGAAGUUUGAGAAGGCGAAGGUCAGAGCGAGGAACGUUGCCUACGACACACUUCCUGUCAUCAUCCACGGAAACGGGCCCACCAAGCUCCAGCUGAACUACCUGGGGAACUACGUGCCGACGGCCUGGACGUUUGAGAGCGGCUGCGGGCUCUGUGACGAGGACCUUCUGAUCCACAACGACACGCCUGACGAGGAGAUGCCUCUGGUUUACAUCGGAGUCUUCAUCGAACAUCCAACUCCCUUCAUGGAGGAGUUUCUGGAGAGACUGACCACCAUGAACUAUCCUCUGGAGAGGGUCCGCCUGUUCAUACACAACAGCGUGGUGUAUCACGAACGUCACAUCAAGCGUUUCUGGGAGAAACACCGCUCUCUUUUCCCCGAGGCCCGUCUGAUCGGACCGGAGGAGAACCUUCCGGAGAACAAGGCUCGGCACAUGGCUGUGGAGGCGUGUAAGAAGGACCUCGGCUGUGAUUACUACUUCAGCAUCGACUCUGACGUGGCUCUGAUCAACGCCGACGCCCUGCGGAUCCUCAUCGAGGAGAACAAGUCGGUGAUCGCCCCCAUGCUCUCUCGUCACGGUAAACUCUGGAGUAACUUCUGGGGCGCUCUGAGUCCGGAGGGCUUCUACUCCAGAUCUGAGGACUACAUCGAGAUCGUGCAGGGCAAGAGGAUUGGUCUCUGGAACGUCCCCUACAUCACUCAGGCCUACCUGCUCCGAGGCUCCGUGCUGCGCUCCCGUCUCUCUCAGGCGAGCCUCUACCUGGACGAGACCAUGGACCCUGACAUGGUGUUCUGCAGGAGCAUCAGAGACCAGGGCGUCUUCAUGUUCGUUUCAAACCGCGAUGAGUUCGGGCGUCUCACUGCCUCGGCGAACUUCAACACCUCCAAGCUGCACCCCGACAUGUGGCAGAUCUUCGACAACCCCGUGGACUGGAAGGAGAAGUACAUCAGUGAGGAUUACCCCAAGAUCUUUGAAAACAACUCCAUCGUGACGCAGCCCUGUCCAGAUGUGUACUGGUUCCCAGCGUUCUCAGAGAAGAUGUGUGACCACCUGGUGGAAACCAUGGAGGCCCUAGACGAUUGGUCGGGGGGGAAACACACGGACGAGCGUCUGGCGGGGGGGUACGAGAACGUUCCCACGGUGGACACGCACAUGACUCAGAUCGGCUUCGAGAAGGAGUGGCUCAAGUUCCUGAAGGAGUACAUCAGCCCCAUCACUGAGAAGCUGUACCCCGGGUACUACCCCAAGUCUCAGGCCAUCAUGAACUUCGUGGUGCGUUACCGUCCGGACGAACAGCCGUCUCUGCGACCGCAUCACGACUCCUCAACGUUCACCAUCAACAUCGCUCUGAACAGCAAGGGGGAGGACUACGAGGGCGGCGGCUGCAGGUUCCUGCGCUACGACUGCAAAGUGGAGUCUCCUCGUAAAGGCUGGUCCUUCAUGCACCCCGGACGCCUCACACACUACCACGAGGGCCUGCCCACCACCAGGGGCACGCGCUACAUCAUGGUGUCCUUCGUGGACCCCUGAGAGAGAGAGAGAGAGAGAGAGAGUGUGUGUGUGUGUGUGUCUCUCUGUGUGUGUGUGUGUGUGUGUGUGUGUGUGUGUGUGUGUGUGUGUGUGUGUGUGUGUGU